AUGGAGAUCCGCGGGAUCCUGAUGGGCCGGCUACGGUUAGGACGACGGGUGGCCCCACUGGCUCUGUGCGCCAUCGCGCUACUGCUGCUACCCUUCGCGGUGGUUCACGGGCGGCAUCACGAUCUCAACAAUGGCGCCGCCCUCGGAACGCAUCAGCUGUCGGCCGCCGGUGCCGGUCUCGCAUCAUCCGCCCAGUCCGGAGCUGCCGGUGGGAUGUCGGCUGCUACAGCUGCCGGAGCUUCAGCGUCUGCCGAGGAGGACGUCGCACGGAUCGCCCUCAGCAAAGACGCAGAUGCAUUUUUUACACCAUAUAUAGGUCACGGUGAGUCCGUACGAAUUAUAGAUCCCGAGUUGGGCACGCUCGAACGUGAGCAUGUCCACAGCGGAGCCACGCCGCGGCGGCGCGGUCUAACGAGGCGCGAAUCGAACGCGGAUGCCAACGAUAAUGAUCCGCUUGUGAUCAACACGGACAAGGGCCGCAUCCGGGGCAUUACGGUGGAGGCGCCCAGUGGCAAAAAGGUGGACGCCUGGCUCGGUAUCCCUUACGCGCAGCCACCGGUCGGUGCGUUGCGAUUCCGUCAUCCCCGGCCAAUCGACAAGUGGACUGGGGUGUUGAACGCUACCACACCACCGAACAGCUGCGUACAGAUCGUGGACACCGUGUUUGGGGAUUUCCCGGGCGCGACCAUGUGGAACCCGAACACACCCCUCUCGGAGGAUUGUCUGUACAUCAACGUGGUGGCGCCACGUCCGAGACCGAAGAAUGCCGCUGUCAUGCUGUGGAUCUUCGGUGGUGGGUUCUACUCCGGCACGGCCACACUCGACGUGUACGAUCACCGGGCGCUUGCGUCGGAGGAGAACGUGAUCGUUGUGUCGCUGCAGUACCGCGUGGCGAGUUUGGGUUUUCUCUACCUCGGCACACCGGAGGCUCCUGGCAAUGCGGGUUUGUUCGAUCAGAACCUUGCUCUACGCUGGGUCCGGGAUAACAUUCGCAAGUUCGGAGGUGAUCCACAGCGCGUCACGUUGUUCGGUGAGAGUGCCGGAGCGGUGUCCGUAUCGAUGCAUCUGCUAUCUGCGCUUUCCCGGGACCUGUUCCAGAGGGCCAUCCUGCAGAGUGGCUCACCGACGGCACCGUGGGCGCUCGUUUCCCGCGAGGAAGGAACACUGAGGGCUCUGCGACUUGCGGAAGCCGUUGGGUGCCCACACGAGCCUAGCAAUCUGAGCGAAUCGAUCGAAUGCCUGCGCGGCAAGGACCCACACGUUCUGGUCAACAACGAGUGGGGAACGCUCGGAAUUUGCGAGUUUCCCUUCGUGCCAGUGGUGGACGGUGCGUUCCUGGACGAAACACCGCAACGAUCGCUCGCAAGUGGACGCUUCAAAAAGACGGACAUCCUGACCGGUAGCAACACGGAGGAGGGUUACUACUUCAUCAUCUACUACCUGACGGAGCUGCUGCGCAAGGAGGAAGGCGUCACGGUGUCACGCGAGGAGUUCCUGCAGGCCGUCCGUGAGCUCAACCCGUACGUGAACGGAGCCGCCCGGCAGGCUAUCGUGUUCGAGUACACCGACUGGACCGAGCCGGAUAACCCGAACAGCAACCGGGACGCGUUAGACAAGAUGGUGGGCGACUACCACUUCACGUGCAACGUGAACGAGUUCGCCCAGCGGUACGCCGAGGAGGGCAACAACGUCUACAUGUACCUCUACACGCACCGGAGCAAAGGCAAUCCCUGGCCGCGUUGGACGGGCGUCAUGCACGGUGACGAGAUCAACUACGUGUUCGGGGAACCGCUUAACCCGAGUCUCGGCUACACCGAGGACGAGAAGGACUUCAGCCGCAAGAUGAUGCGAUACUGGUCGAACUUUGCCAAAACGGGCAACCCCAACCCUAGCACGGCCAGCAGCGAGUUCCCGGAGUGGCCCAAGCACACCGCCCACGGUCGGCACUAUCUGGAGCUGGGUCUCAACACGUCCUUCGUUGGACGGGGCCCGCGGUUGAGGCAGUGUGCCUUCUGGAAGAAAUACCUACCCCAGCUAGUUGCAGCUACCUCUAACCUACAAGUGCAAGCACCGCCGAGUGAACCGUGCGAAAGUAGCGCAUUUUUUUACCGACCUGACCUGAUUGUGCUGAUAGUGGCGUCGAUGGUGUCGGUCGCGGUCAAAUUCAUACAAUAAUUACUACCCGCCCAUGGCCUAGUUCGUUUAAGCUUUAAGAUAGUGAGGAACAAAUUUUUCCUAUCAAAUAUACCCCCUCCACUGUUCUCCUUUCCUCGGAGCAAACGGCAUACUCGCGAGCUCCCCCCGGUACAGCCACACACGUGCAUUGAUGGAGAACGUGGAAAGCGCAAGCGUGAGCAGAGAUGGUGACAGGGCGCGCAAAAUGCAUGGAUAUCAACGAAGAGGGGAAAGAAAAGGAAAGAAAAAGGAGCAGUAAUGGGAGUCGUACGUAGCGUUAGAGAUAAACAAUGGACAGCAGCCGCGAAUGAGCAUUAAAUUAGAACAACCAACCUAAUAAACCACAACACUCCUUCUUACGAUAAUUAAAGAAACUAAUAAAACCCAAUACUAAACAAAAGAAAACAGAUACUCAUACACCUUCAAACCGGAGCCCCGAAAUAAUUUAAUCGCAACAUAGUAGUACAGCGUUAGUGGACAGUGCGGUGGUGAAACGUCUCAAAGAACGCUCCUCCUUAGCUUUACCUAAUUAAGGGGGGUUAAGCUUCGGAGAGCUAAUCGGAGCUUCGGAGACCACACACACACACACACACACACACACACACACACACACACACACGUGCGUGUUGCCUAAACACGCUUCUCAACACACAAACACACACACGCAUACAUUUGCUACAUACACACAUACAUUUGCUACCCAAAAGCACACUGCAGCGGCGCCAUUUGUAGCGGGAUCUACGAUCGUGCCAUCUGCACGGCUGCAUCACUAGCCAACACACCGGAACAAUAAUCUAGACAAAAUGUUUAACUAUAUGCUAUAAACGUAGCUAUUUGUUUCUUCUGGGUCAAAUGCAGACUCUCUCCCUAUAAUCUAUAUUCUUGUUUUUUCGAUUAUCCGUGGCGUGAUUCAAUACCUGCUGGAAUUCUGGAAUGCGAAAGACAGGCUUUAGAGUAAUAAUGUUUCAAAUGUUCCACAAAACUAUUUCAAUUUCUUUUCUCGUUCGAACACUUUGUUUAAUGUUUCAAGAGAACGAUGCUGUUAGUGUACUAUUCGUGUACUAUGGUUCUUGAGCCCUACAGGAUUGCGUUUAUGUAUGCAGUAACAGCUACAAAAAUUGUAUUACUUGCUUACAUUGAAACUCCUUUAAAUAAAAAGCUAAAUAAAUUCCAUAACAUACCAAUUCGGAUUGAUAAUACCAAACCAACAACAAACAAUCUUCGUAACUUUAUAUUCCCACAAAAUUGGAAGAAAGCUAAAAAAAGGUAUAAAAUCAAAAACACAAUAUACACCUAGGCACUACACCUACGACAACCCACAAAUACUAUCAACAAUCAAUUAAUUGUAACGAAGAAGGCGUUAGAGCUGAGACGAUGUAGUGUAGAGCAACCCGGGGACAACAUAUUUCCCCUCAUGUAAGACAAACUGUAGAGCAAAAUACAAAAAGGAGCGUAAGUAUAUUUUCUAUUCGUACGUUCAAUGCACAUGGUGAGGCAGCAGCAAAAAGCGAGAUCAGGCGAACAAAAAAAAAGGCAUGAAUAAAUAUAAUUGCCCAAACAGCGAGCAGAACAUCUUCAAGAUGUAAGCGAAUCGAGUGUGAAGAAUCUCAAAAAGGCUACAGUUGCGCCACUACAGAGAAGAAACGUAAGGUUAGAGAACUAAUCAAUACAACCCAAUUGAAUACCAAACCUAGCGAAGAAGCAAACCAAUCAACUCAAAAAAAAGCCGACAUUCUCAUUAGAAUGAGUGGAAAAAAAUUAUAAAACCGAAAACAUAUCAUAACUUGUAAUGCUGUUGCAAUCUAAUGAUAAACAAACCAAGAUCGAAUAGUGUUAAGCUGAGCCGUUACGGGCGCAAGGCUAGGACCGGGGAAAACGGUCAUGAGAGAGCAUCCCCAGAGCUAGCAGUUUUGAGUAUGACUGUUGAAUGAAACUUCAGGAUAACAACAAACACGUACACACAAAGCAGAGAACGGAAGCUGAUAUCACCCAAGUGAAGUUAAUGUUAAAUAACAAAAGUGCAUCCAAUAAAAACAACUUCUGAAAUUUUUUUCAUUGCGAAGAAAGAAGCGAUAAAAAUAGAACAACAUCAACAACAAACACGAUAAAUAAAACAAAUCCAAUUUCAACCUCGUUCCAUUCCUUUUAGGAAGAAAGAUAUUUCAAAUGAAUAAAUGAAAGGGUAUUAAUAGCCGAUUAAAAGCAUAAACAGCGAAAUAAACGAACAACAAAAAAGACUAGUCAACAAAUGACGAUAGAACGCUUGAUAUGCUCAGCAGGCAUCACGAAGAGAGUGUAAAAAUGUAUCACAAAGCAGGCAGAUAAAAUAAACCACAUGACAGUGGUACAGUAACAAAAAUGACAGCACUUCAUGAGGUGGUACUAGGCAACAACAAUCGUGUCGACUGUGGUGAAGUAAUCAAACUAUUUAAAUUACGACUGUGCUUAGGCUGCGACGUUUAGAUGUACCGUUUUCUUUGCCAAUAUUGCACACAUUUUAAGUAAAGAUCAGAUGAAUGAAGACAAGAAAUGUACGUUUAUUCAGAUGUAAAA